GUCCCUCCAGUUCCUCCAGUCUAGCAUGGGCGGGGCUUCAAACAGGAGGUCAUCACAAACAUGGCGUUGAGGGGAUGUGUAAUGAAAUGGGCCAAAACAGAGUUCAUAAGAACAACCAACACUUCCUCGCGAAGUUCCAGGUGAGCAAAUAUUAUACAGAUUGAAUCGGUUGCACGUUUGCAUGAGGAAGAACAAGUGAGGUGCACGAAGCGUGUGUGUGCUUGUGUGUUUUACCUCCGACCAGCAGUGUGAGGUUACCUAAGUGUCAUUGUACAGAAAUACAGAGAGCGAGAGACAGCUGUUUGGUCCUGUUUUAAGUCUGAGUCAGUGAGACAAAGCGGCUCCUAUUUAAUACAUGUUAGUGUUUUGAUGAGCUAAGCAUUCCUGUGGCCUUACGUGACUCAAUGUCACGCCCCUCCUAUUUACUAUUGUUUGUGCUUAAUCCACCUCCUGAUGGUUAAGUACAUUAAGUGUAUAAGUCAUCCUGAGGGUUUGUCCGUUUUCAGAGAUAGGUGUCAGUCUUAUUUGAUGCCCACAGCAAAUGAAGCUAACUUGAUUUAUAUUUCAACCCCAGUUCUAUAAGGGUUGGGAUAGGGGAGAGUGGGGUAAGAUGAGCCACUUUACAUAUUUCAGAUCACCACAUCAAGGCAAUCACAGUUUUGUCUGCAUAUUUGCAUAUAUUUCAAGAUGUUGUUCAUCCCUGCAAACCAACAAUAUGAGUGUAAACAUAGCAGUCUUGAUAAUAUAGCAUGCCAAAAAAACUGGUAGCCGUAUACUGGCUAAUACUGGCUUCCCGUAUCCCUACUACCACCCCAGGGAUUCUGGCUUUUGAACUGUGGUCCCUUUCCUCUUCAAAAUACGGCAUUUGCAUCCAUGAUUUCUAAAAAGAGUAGCAAGUUUUGGUUUAGUUUACACUUUGCCUCAAUCCAUUUUAGAUGUAGUUUAAGUUUUAGCUCCUCAGCUGGAUGUCAGGUAAAUAUUAGGUCUACCUGUAAGUGAGGCACAGGUAAAUACUUCCUACUCGAUCAUUUUUUUCUUUGCAGACUAAGUCCCCACAACCAACAGAGGUGUGGUUUUCGUCGAGAAGCCAAAAGGCCAGAAACGAAGAAAGGAAAUGUCAACCAAGAAACAAACCCUUCACCCCCUGAGAGUGGUGCACCCGCUCCUGCUCCCCCUCCUCCUCUUCCUCCUCCCCCUCCCAGAGUCCCCAGGCCAACUCUGUUCAAACCGUUCAUGUUCACUGUAGGGGUAGGUCUUUUAAUAUUUUAAAUAUAAAAAUAAAAACAGAUGUAUGCACAUACCAGUGAGUCUUGGGACAUUAGGAAGGUGUUUGUUGGGUGUUUUCUGACUCCAUGUUAGUUUACAGGCUGCUCCUUUGGUGCUGCCGCGAUUCUGCAGUAUGAGACCUUGAAGUCGAGAGUUCAGUCCGCUAAAGAAGAGGAGGAGUCAGAAAAAUUAGUUCAGGUAAACAUGUUGAUAUUCAAAACUUCUAGAUUUAUCAGCUGCCAUCAGCUCUCUGGACAACACAGCUUUAAAUGUCUCACCAGGGCUCUCAGGAUAUGGCUUACUGGCAUGACUGGUGGAACCAGCUGUCCAGUUUCCAGCGACAACUCAUCCUCAUGAUGUCUAUGGUGGAUGACUUCUGGAGCAGCCUUUCAGAGGGACAGAGAACAGUCACGGGUAACUUAUUUUACUGGAAAAAAAAUUAAGGCUUUAUAAUCUUAUGCAAAUUAACCCUAACUGUUUCUUUAGAGUUCUGAGCUUUCCUAAAUAUUUUCCCAGGUAUCAUUGCUGUCAAUGCCAUUGUCCUGUGUUGCUGGCGGAUUCCAUCUAUGCAAAGAAGCAUGGUUAAGUACUUCACAUCCAACCCUGCCUCCAGUAGGUAGACCUAUUCUUCCUUUUUUCGUGAAAUAGUUAAAUAAAUAGUACAUGACACUUACCCAGGACCAAUAAAGGUUAUCCUUGUCUUGUCUUCCAUUUUUCUCUGUUCCCAGAAACGCGUUGCCUUCCCAUGAUCUUGUCAUCCUUCAGCCACUACUCCAUCAUCCACAUGGUAGCCAACAUGUAUGUCCUGUGGACAUUCUCAUCAGGAAUUGUCUCUCUUUUAGGAAAAGAGCAGUUUCUUGCAGUCUACAUGUCUGCUGGUGAGUUGGCUAAAAUAUUUGAGAGUGGUCUUUCUAUAUGCAGCUGAAUAAAAGUGAAGUUUAUGAAUAUUUAACACAGUAUUAGAUAAUAGCAGGUUAACUUAGAGUAAACAACAAUGUGUGUUUUUAGGUGUGAUUUCCACUAUGGUUAGCUACAUGUGCAAAACAGCCACUGGACGUCUCUAUCCAUCAUUAGGAGCGGUAAAAUAUUUUCUUAAAUCUUUAUCACACUGAACAAAAACAGUACAAUCACAGUAAUUGUUUUAAUUGAAUCUCUGUGUGGUCAAUAGUCAGGUGCUGUCAUGGCAGUGCUGGCUGCAGUCUGUGCGAAGGUGCCAGAGGCCAAACUAGGCAUCAUCUUCCUCCCCAUGGUCACUUUUACAGCAGGAAAUGUAAGUCAUACAGUCUUAAUGUAUGUGUACUAUUUUCUUGUUUUGCAUCGCUACUCCUGUUGAGUGUACCUGUACAUUACAAUAGUUGGGUUAUCAAUAAACAUGUUGUAUUUUUGCUGCAGACAGGUAACGUAAAUCUGUGCAUGAGCAAAACAAACAAAGUCCAUUGUGUGUGAGUGAAUGUUUAAGUAUGCAUGUCUGAAUGCUUGAUAGAGGGACAGUUGUUGUAGAUUUACUGCAGGGCAUGGGUGCAAUCAAUGUGUGGUUUGUCAUCCGUCAUUAGGCACUGAAGACGCUCAUUGCCAUGGAUACAGCGGGGCUCAUUCUGGGGUGGCGGCUGUUCGAUCACGCAGCUCACCUUGGUGGAGCUCUCUUUGGAGUGUAAGUGAUGUAAAAAUUAUUUAAUGUAUUGUAUUUACUGAAUUUUAUUUAAGAAAAAAUAUUAUUCUUAUACUGUUGAUCUAAGUGUUCAAAAUAUUAGAACAAGAGAUGAGCACUUCACACAAAUAUUCCAUAGUAUGACUGCUCAUGUUUUCUGAUGAAGUGUAGAAAACACUUGGAGCAGAUUAUAAAAAUACAGGUUGACCAGCAGAAGACGCUUUGCUUCGUUAGUUUUCAACACACAUGCAUUUUCUGCAGCUUUCCAAGCAAAGUAUCACAGUUGGUCAGUGGUUUGCACUAGAGUUGGUUGACAAUUUUAAGAUGUGUUGAAUAAUCAGAGAAAUAUGAAUGAAGUGUCUAGUUUUCAAGCAAGCAGCCAUCUGAGUACAUGAGCUGGUCAUAUUGGGGAAAUGUGGUGCACACUCCAAUUAUAAGAUUUCUAUUUCCUGUCUAUAUUUAAUUUGAGUACGAGCCUCAAUCUUUGUGGUUCAUAUGGGAACACAUUUUUAUUAUUGCAUGUAAUUCUGACUUUGAACACAGGGUGGAGCCUUGGCCCAUUGGUCAGGCAUUCAACCAAAGCUCAAUUCAGCUCCACUUUUUGACCUGUGUUGGCAUGUCUUAAGAGUUGCAGUAGUAUGGGUUCAUUUAUUUAAUGACUUAUUUUGUAUCAAAUAUAUAAAUCCUGGUGACGAUAGACAAAGGUAUCGACAUUGGUAUCGACGAAGAUGAUACCAAUGAUAACAUGAAAUAAACAGGAAAUAAAUCAGUCAACAAUUCUAAACUAGUAAGACCCAGAAGAAGUUGGUUUUUGCUUUCCCGAGAGUAUGUGUUUGAAAAACUUCCCUGUUUCACUUCACAAAAGUCUAAAACAAGUUGGAAUAAUUGAUCUUAAAUAUAUUUUGGUUGGUAUUAUGAAAUUAUUGCAUUAAAAUUAACAACUCACUGUAAUGUUGCUUAAUGCUGAGUUAUAAUCUCACUGAUCUGUUUGAUAAAGUUGUAAUUAGAUCGUCUUAAAUUGGGUGUUCCUGAGCUGUCCCAGACUGCUGUCUUGUCCCACAGUGAGAACAUGUUAUUACUCUCCAUAUAUCUUUUCCCACAGAUGGUAUGUGGCGUAUGGUCACAAAUUGAUUUGGAGGAAAAGAGAGCCUCUUGUGAAGCUGUGGCAUGACAUGCGCUCACCAGUCUCCGGUGGAUCCAGGCCAGGAGGUGGACCUGGAGUCAGCGGUGCUGGACCUGGACCACGAUGAGACUUUUAGAUGGUCUCUCUGAUGCUUUACAAAGAACUGGGGUCUAGAGCUAUCUCAGGAUAUACACAAACUCCUUUUUGCACCAGUGAAGACUUGGAUUUUAUUCUUUAAUAAUAAAUAUAGUUUUUCACUGAGGGUAUGUAAUAAGCAUGAGCUGAUUUGACAGUGUGCAGGAAAUUGACAUGUAAAAGAAUAGGUUAAAAGGUCACACCUUGUGUUGCAAUCCAGAUGUUUACUUUGUAGACUGAUACUGUAAGAUCUCCUGCCCUACAAGGACCUCAAUGUCAAGGAACUACAAUAUCAUCUCUCUGCUACCUCUGAAGACACUAAACACAUCACACUUGUUGUCCAUAUGUUGUUUUUUCCUGUUUAUAUUUGUAAAAGCAGUUGUAUUAAGAACUGUAUGCUGACACAAUUCAGUGAUCAAAUUAUUUGCUGAAUUCAGUGCAGUGUACAGUGCUGAGGGCUGGCUUAUGUUCUCAUUAAACUGGAGUUAAAGCAGUAA